AUGUGGUGUGCCCCCUUCGCGACGACUUGGGAGGCAGGGAGCCGGUCGGGCAGUCGAGUCCUGGAGACGGCGGGAGCCUUUGACUCGGCUCGGGAGGCUUCUCUGGAGCGGACGAGGAAGUGCAGGUCGACGCAGCGAGCGAGGCGGAAGGGCAGCAGAGCAACGGAAGACGCAGCGAAGCGAGCGAGAGGAAGAGAGGAAGAGAAGAAGGAAAGGCGAGCGAGAGCAGAAAGGAAGAAAAAGGCCGUCUCGUUAUACAGACGGGAGAUGGAGACAGGCGAUGGUGAUGAAGAUGGCGACGGGAUGAAGGCAGAGGUGAAGGCAGAGGUGAAGGCAGAGGUGAAGACGAGAGGACAGGGAGAGAAGGCGAGAAGAGAGCAGUCGCGCUGGGUUGAGGAAGUACAGCGUCACCAUGGGCCGGCUCUGUCUGCUUUUUCCUCGUCCCUUUUUUUCCCAACGGCGCGAUCGACGACGGCGCAAACCACUUAG